UAAAAACUGGUUCUGUCAAGUUGAGAAUUUGUGAGAGAGCAGAUGUUAAUGGAUUGAGGUCUGUUGCCUCAGCUCAUAACUGUUCUGUUGCUCAUUUCAGGAAAAAAAACUCACCAGUUCAUGCUUUAAGCACUGAUCUGCUCCAACCACACAUUAUGAGUUUUGUUCUCAUGGAAAAACAACAUUUUGUUAUUUAUCUGUCAAUAGGUCUACUGAGCCUUUCGCUGCUAACAGAAUGUGAUAAAAUCAAGCUGGUUGGACCGUCACGUUGCUCAGGCAGAGUGGAAAUCUUCCACAGGGACAGUUGGGGGACAGUGUGUGAUGAUCAGUGGAGCCUUGCCAACGCUGACGUGGUGUGUCGAGAGUUAGACUGUGGGACAGCCAUAGAGGCCAAAAAACAGGCCUUUUUCGGAGAGGGAAAGAAUGAAAUCUGGUUGGAUGAUGUGCAAUGUGCUGGUACAGAGGCGUCCAUCCUUAAGUGCUUACACAGACCAAUUGGGGAAAAUAACUGUGGCCAUGGUGAAGAUGCUGGAGUGAUCUGUUCAGAUCAUGUUAAGGCCAUCAACGGAAGCAACCGCUGUAAUGGCAGAGUGGAGGUCUACCAUGAUGGUCGCUGGAACCGAGUGUGCAACAAUGACUGGAACAUGAAAGAAGCUGAGGUCAUGUGCAGAGAGAUCAACUGCGGCACUCCUGCUGUGCAGACAGAGGUGCCUGAUUUCGGAGAAGCAAACGUUUUGGGUGGUUUAAAAAUCAGCUGUUUUGGAAAUGAGACCUCUGUCUCUCAGUGCACAAUCCAACAAAUGAAGGAAAACUGUGUUGACGCUACGACUCUCUGUACACAUAGUAAACCGAUCCGGCUCGUUAAUGGGACAAAUCGAUGCUCAGGCCGGGUGGAGGUCUACCACGAUGGACAGUGGGGGACAAUAUGUGACGACCGAUGGGGCAUGCAGGAAGCAGCUGUGGUGUGUCAUGAGAUGAGUUGUGGGAAUGCUCUAUUUGUGAAGUACAAAGCCUUCUUCGGCACUGGUCAGGAUCAGGUUUGGUUAGAUGAUGUUGAGUGUACUGGUCAUGAGAAGUCCCUCGCUGACUGCCCUCACAGAGGUUUCGGAGAGCACGACUGCGAUCACAGUGAAGAUGCUGGAGUCGUUUGCUCAGCAACUGUCAAAUUGUCCAAUGGGACUGAAGCCUGCUCCGGCAGACUGGAAGUCUUCCAUGAUGGCCGAUGGGGAAAAAUGUGUAAUAAUAACUGGGGCCCUGAAGAGGCUGCAGUGGUGUGUAAGGAACUCUUUUGUGGAGCUCCAAAAAAAUCCCAAGACGAUUUUGGCGAAAGUGGAAUGAGAGGGUUUACUAGUAGAUGCUCUGGCAAUGUGAGCUCUAUUGCCCAGUGUGGGAUUCAGGACUUCGCAGGAAGAUGUGACAGUGUUUCGCUUUCAUGUGAAGGUAGUCCACAGAUCCGGCUUGCCAAUGGCACCGACCGUUGCUCUGGGAGAGUCGAGGUUCUGCAUGAUGGCCAGUGGGGAACAGUUUGUGAUGAUGAGUGGGACAUCAGAGAUGCUGAGGUGGUGUGCAGAGCCAUGGACUGUGGAACAGCUCAGACAGCCAAAUCUGGUUCCUUUUUUGGUCAAGGCCAAGGAAGCAUCUGGCUGGAUGAUGUUGGUUGUGUUGGUAAUGAAACAACCCUGAUGCAUUGCCGACAUCCGACUCUUGGAGAAAAUAACUGUGGGCAUGGCGAAGAUGCUGGUGUUGUGUGCUCAGCUACUAUACGACUGAUUAACGGGACUAGCCAGUGCUCAGGCAGGGUAGAGUUACACAAUGCCGGUCGCUGGUCACCAGCAUAUUAUAUCAGCUGGGGAAUGAGUGAAGCUGAAGUGGUGUGCAGAAUGAUGAAUUGUGGAGAUCCUGUCAAGGUCUCAGGAUCAUUUGGUCAUAGCAAAGCAACCAGAGGAUAUAAGAUCAGCUGUAGUGGUAGAGAGAGCUCUCUCUUGCAAUGCGACUUGAGAGAAUAUGUGAGGACCAGCAGCGUUGAAGAGGCAGGAGUUGAAUGUUCAGGCAAUGUAAGGUUGGCGGAUGGGCAAAGUCGGUGCGUUGGAAGAGUGGAGUACUACGACAAAGGCCAAUGGGGGACUGUGUGUGGUGAUGCCUGGGAUUUGAAUGACGCAAUGGUGGUGUGCAGACAGCUAGGCUGUGGGAGGGCUCAUAAAAUAAGCACCAUUGCUGAGUAUGGCCAUGGCUCUGGACAGACCUGGAUUGAUCAAAUUGAAUGCAAUGGAAGGGAGUCAACCCUGACCCAGUGCCCACAAAGACCAUUCAGAGACAAAACAUGCAACAUCACUUCUGUUGCUGGUGUUUUGUGCACUGGAGGUUUAGAGGUCCGUUUGGCUAAUGGUAAGGAUGAAUGUUCUGGCAGAGUAGAGGUCCGUCAUGGUGAGGAGUGGCACACUGUGUGUGACACAGAGUGGACUUACACUAAAGCUGCAGUGGUGUGUAGUCAACUGGAAUGUGGAGAGGCAGUGAGCGCCCCCAUGGGUGCCCAUUUUACCCAAGGCAACGGAUCAGUUGUGGAGGCAAGCGAUAACUGUUUUGACAAUGUGACAUCUAUUCAACAAUGCUCACUCAGAGGUUUCAGAAGUUCAACAUGCGGGCAUGAGAAAGAUGCUGGUGCUGUCUGUGCAGCAAGGAUUCAGUUGGUUGGUGGCACAGGUCAAUGCUCAGGCAGAGUGGAGGUCCACUAUAAAGGCCAGUGGGGAACAGUGUGUGACGAUGAAUGGGAAAUGCAGAAUGCUGAUGUGGUAUGUAAACAGCUUGGCUGUGGUCAUGCAGUUUCUGCUCCAACAAGUGCCCAUUUUGGUAGAGGCAGUGGUCCAAUAUGGCUGGAUAAUGUGAAUUGUAAUGGGGAUGAGUCUGCUAUCACACAAUGUCAGCAUCCCGGAUUUGGAGAAAAUAACUGUGGGCACGGUGAAGAUGCUGGUGCGAUCUGUUUAGGUGCCCUAAAAAAGCCCCAAAUCACUUUAAGUCCUGGUCCAGAUGUAAACUGGGGAGACAAAGUUGAUAUCACCUGCACUGUACUGACAGAACAUUUAGGUGGGACAUUUGUCCUGAAAAGGACCCCGGGAACAUUUAAAAUGGAAAAAUACUCUGAAAACGAAGCUGCAACCUUUAGUUUCCCUAAAGUGGACUUCGAACACAAGGGGUCAUACUUCUGUGAAUAUCAAAAGAGAUUGCCAAGUGAAGUCAUCAAUUACCCUCAAGGAAACAUUGCUGAGCUCUCUGUCACAGUGCAACUGGAGAUUCCCAGCAUCUCCCUGACGUCUCCUCAUGCUAUGGUGGUCUACAGCCCUGACAAAAUAUCAGUCAAAGAAGGAAGCAGCUUCUCUGUCACUUGCUCAACUCAUUCAAGAUACCCUGGAGGUUACUUCUAUCUGACAAAGUCCAACGUAAACUCAACUGAAGCUAAGCCAGCAUUUGGCCAUACCAUCUUCUACCUGGCAUACUUUGAAUUCGAUGCAGUUAAGAUUGAACACCAAGGAGACUAUAAAUGUGUCUACGGGGUUAACAUCUCUACCGAAUCCUUCUGUUCAGUUCCUUCAAAGUCUCUCCAAGUCACUGUAAUUGCGGAGUCAUCUUCCUCAGUUGUCACAGGAGUUUCGGUGGGGCUUGUGGUGGUGCUACUUGUGGUGGUUGCUGGUUAUCUGCUGUGGAAAAGGCGAUGGCGGCUUUCUGAUACUUUGGUACAGUUCUCUAACCGGUUUGGAGGAGCGAUAAAACAAGAUGCUGACGAAAGAAGCAAUGUAGCAUAUGAUGGAAGAGCCCGCAACACCCAAGUGAGUGAACCAGCACACAGUCAAGUCCCAGAUGACAAGAACGUGGAUGUUGAUAACUCUGUCGAGAGGGUCCCUGAGGACUUGGCUGGGAGAGUGUGUUAUGAGCUUGAACCACUUGUUCUGUCGUGAUAGCUAAAUUGGCUCUCUUAAAAGAGGUGUUUACUGCCCUCUCUGCUUACAAGUUUCAAGUCUGCCACCCCUGUAACCACACCAAAAGAGAUGCAAUAAUGUGCCAACAAAGGAACACAGCAACGAUAUAUUUCCAGUUAUAUAUUUAAGUUGCUUUUUAAGAUAGAAAGCAGAAAGUCAAAGACUUGUGAUAAGUAUGUUUGUACACCUGUUUAAAAGUAAACUGAUGCGUUAAGACCAAGUCUGCCAGCUUUACGUUUAUACAUUCUUUGUCGUUUGCUUUAAAACUUUUCGUGAAGUGAUCAGUUAGAGUUUAUGAUUCAAUUUUAAGUUGCAAACAUCAUGCUUAUGUCAACAGAAAACAGUCGCUUUACUUUUGUUUCACACCUAAUCCGGGAAAGCCUUUUUAUUUUCCUGGGAGGUUGUGCCAAUCACAGAAAUUAGGUCCUCUGAAAUGUGUGGAAAUACUGAUAACACUGUAUUUGUAUUGCAUGUUCAUUGCCUUUUUUUUCUUCCUGAAUGUGAGUGCUUUCAAUAAAUUUGUAUUUCUAACACUU